ACACAAUUGCUGGGACAUUUCAGUGACCCAAGUUCAGCAUUUGUUGAGGACCCCCGAGCAAGUGUUGAGUUCCUGCGUGCUGUCGGCAUAGCUGACUGCUUAUGAAGCCACAGCGCCAAAACGAGAGAGAGAGAGAACUGCCUAUAGCAAAGGUCCUUCCACUCAUCCACAACCAAAUACAUUGUACUUUUAUCAUGAGAUGUACACUCAUACGUUCGCACCCAUGCUCACUCUUCAGGAUUUGGCAGACCUGCCUAUGUUUAUGAAUUUUUCGUAAUAUUACGAAAAUAUGCCAGAAAUUUGACCCCGUUACAAAAUUACGAAAUUACUAUAAACUAUAAAAAUUACGAAAAGCACGUCAAUUUCAUGAAUAAUUAAUUCUAUGACAGGAAGAGGCUGAAGAGUGCCUACACCAAGUAAUUAGCCCCUCUUAGACUCGGAAUCAGAAGUCUUUUCUAUGUAAACAGUCAACUGUACACAUAGAAAAUGCAUGUAAGCUGUAACGUAAAGUUUUAUUCUUUUGGGUUUUUUUAUAAGCCCCAACUUGGUAGAAGAAAAAUCAUACUAAAUCUAUUACUCAUUUUUAAGUCAGAUUACUAAUUUUUGGCCAUUACAUUACCAAUUUUUAAAGUCUCAACUAGGCAGGUCUGGGAUCUGGUCUCCAGUGCAGAUGUGGAGAAAAUGCUACUGCGCCAGUGAGGGAGUUGAAGUGUACAAGUAGACAAAACUCAUUCCAAAAGAUUACGAAUAAUUACAUUGUAAAAUAAAAAGGUGAAUAUAUAAGAUACCGAAGUAUUGUAUCUGUAUUAUAUCGCAUCGCAUUAAUAUUCGGUGACUUUUCGGUUUUCUUUCUGUAGAAUGUCAUUAUCUUAUAAAAAAUGUUAAGCAACGAUAAAAGAAUAUCUUGACGGUGCCUUGAUUUCUUAAGUAUUCAUUAUGUAGCUUCCAGAUUGUCAUGCUCAAAGUUACUAGAUUCUGGUUCUAUUUCUGUCUAAAUCCUCUAUAAAUAUAUACAAAGUGUGAUGUAAAAAUGCGACUACAACAGGAAGUAGGAAGUGGCUGUGUCAAUGUGUUGUGGUUUCGGUAUUAUUAAAUCAAAGCUGUCAACAGAGACGGGUGAAGCUUCUUCUUGACAGGAGCAGUCAACAUCAUGCAGUGAUGAGUUUAAUGAAGCAAAGAAACUGAGUUUUAAAUUGUUCAGACUGUUGUUGAAAGUGUUGGUCUACUGUUGGUGAACUGAAGAUAAAUAACACACAAGACCACCUGAACUCAUCAACUGUUCAACUGUUUCUGAUUUGACAAUUUGUAUUUUUGUGUAGGCCUUCUCUGCUGCCUAACUAUCCCUAUUAUCUCCAUGAAUGCCCCCCCCCCCCCCCCCCUGAUUUCUGAUUUUGCUAAAACUUGCUAUCGUGUUUAUGAACCUGCACACAUGACAAAGACUCCUAAAGUACUGAAAUCGGAGUGACAUUGUCAUGGCUCUGGGAAGUUCAAUUAUCGGCAAAGUUCGCAGGCAGUACGUUAUUAUGCGCUAUGGAAGAUGGACAACAAAGAAAAUGAUUGCGGCUUUUGCAUGCCUUUCAUGUCUAGGGCUUGCAGUGUACUCUUUGUUUCAUGCAGUGUUUACUAUAGAGCUGUUGCCUUGGAAACCUGGCGUGGACAACUGGUGUGCCUACGAGGACGUCCCGGAAUAUAUGCUGACCCCAGCUCCCGAUGAAAUGACGGUGGUCACAAUGUUCAUCAACCUGGGUGUGUUCAAGAAGGGAGAGGGGAUGUACUACUACCACUCUCCGCACAAGUACUAUCGCUGGAUGAGAACGUUCGGCAAAAUGGUCAACAGAGUUGUUGCGUACAUUGAGGAUGAAGGCGAUAUUGAGUAUUUCAGAAAAGUGAGGUCUUGUCUGCCAGCCAGCCACACAAAGAUUAUCAAAGUGCGCAGGUCCGAACUCCCGUCCUUCAAACACCUGCCGGAGAUCCGACGCAUUUACUCCCAGCCCUCGUACCCCAAACGCGACCCUGACACGGUGUUCCCCGAGUACGCUUGCACCAUGCACGCCAAGUACGACGUUCUAGAACGCUCCGUCAUCAUGGACUUCUACAGGACCCCGUACUUUGCCUGGGUAGAUGUGGGGCUGUUCCGACAACUAGACGGUACGGACCACUCCCUCUUCAAGUUGGUCCCGCCGGAGAAGUUUAACCCCGAGCGUGUGGGGAUGUCGCAGGUCAUGCCGCUAGACCCUGUGCACACGCCGGAGUUUGUGAUGAAGAACUCUCAGAUCUGGGUGUCGGGGAGCAUGGUGCUGGCCACUAAAGAGUACAUGCUGAACUUCACAAGAGAGUACAAGCAAGCCGUGUCUGAUCUGCUCAAGGAAGGUCUGUCCAACUCAGACCAGGGGGUCAUCUACGCCAUGUACACAGCCAGGAUGAGGCGGCAGAACCAGGUCAAGGUCAAGACGUACCUGUGUCACCAGGGACAGCUGGGCCUCUACGGCUCCGACUCGCGCUAUUUUUGUCUGGGUUACGUCUGCAAGAACGCCUGGGAGAAAAGAGUGCCUCACGUUAGUCAAAGGUUACGGUCGGAGAAACAAAGAUGAUCCUCGUGUGUGUUUAGUGGUCGUGUGUUCAAAUCUUUGUAUGUCUGUUUUGUUCAUCUUAGUAGUGUGGGAUCAUGUGUGUGGGAUCAUAUGUGGGGGAUGAUGUGUGGGUGAGAGAGAUUUGUUUGUUAAGUUUGUGUGAGUAAAGAGAAGCACAUUGACACAAUAAUGGUCAUAUAGUGCUGGUAAAAAGACAGACAGAAACAACGGAGGGAGAGUAAAGAAGUAGGACCUUCUAGUGGUGCCCUUCAACCACCCGCUGGGAGAGAGAGAAAAACUUAAAGACUGUAUGUAAUGGUUUGAUGCCUGUUGUAAAGACAUAACUUUCUAUGUCUGCUUCAGACCUGACAUCUGAAGCCUGAAGAAGAAGUAGAAAUAGAUGAGAGUUUUACCAGUGGUGUUGUGUAAAGGUACUAUA